CUCUUCACCACUCCCUGGCCACUGGAUGCCACUGAAGCGUAACCACCUGCACCCACCAAAUCAAAUCAAAGCAAGGUUCCUUCCCGCCUACGAGAGUGAACGCCGUUGGUGCUAUCCCAUGCCAUCCAUUGCCUUCUAUUUCAGGUUCACCUUCUCAACACCAUCACCAAAAUCUUUCCUUAUUUUCUCUCCUCCUCACCCUCUUUCUUCCCAUCUGCACCUUCUUCCUCUUUCACUUCUACCCGCAAGGAUUUACUGAUUCUCUUCCAUCUCGAUUGACUCUUUCGUCAAAAGAGUCAAUUCUGAUUUUCUUCCACGGUUCUUUUUCACGUUGACCAAAACUUUUUCGUGCUUCCAGAGCGCGGCUUCGUUCUGUUUUCCUCCUUCAAGCGACCGAGGCUCCCCCCCAAACCGGGUUUCUACAAGAGGACCCUCCCCCCGUCUCCAUCCAAGUUUCUACCCCGGAAGAUCUUUGACCGCCUCCGAGAAACCCAGCCUCGCGCUGCAAGAUUCUACCUUCCCGCCGAUCUCGCGUGACAUCCGUUCUCAAAACAUUUCGCAGAGAUCCAGAUUCACUCGGUCUGGUUCAAGGCUCAACAAAUACAGUCGACCCAGCAUUCACCUUGUGAGCCAUUGGGGAAAAUCGCGGAUCUCUGUUUUUUGACCCGCACUUCACCAAUCGAUCGGCCGAAGCUCUUGUGCCCCUCCCCGCACCCUCGAGCUCUCUACCCCCUCAUCAACCAACAAAACAACCGCCAAAAUGCCUUUCGACAUCGAUACCGCUCGCCGAAAUAAGACGCCCCGACCUCUGUCAGACUCGGAGCGCGCUCGCGUAGAAGAGUUCAUCGACUCGAUCCACUACUCUGCACGAUACUCGGACAGCGAAUAUGAAUACCGUCAUGUUCAGCUCCCCAAGGCCAUGCUCAAGGCUAUUCCCAAAGACUACCACGAUACCUCCAAGGGCACUCUCAAGCUCUUGUGGGAGGAGGAAUGGCGAGCUCUUGGCAUUACUCAGAGUCUAGGAUGGGAACACUACGAGGUCCACGAGCCAGAACCGCACAUCCUCCUGUUCAAGCGACCACUGAACUUCCAACCCCCUCAGUAAUUGCUAGACGCACGACUCAGAUUUUCCCCAAUGUACCAUACAUAUUUACUGCACAGCACCCUUUUGUCGGUGCCAUACUCAAGCUCAGACGGAGGUUUCCACGUCGGCUCACGAUUUUACGGUUUGCACGUUCACGUUGAGAUAUAAAGAGAGAGAAGCAAAAAGAGACUCAUUGGUUCAUCGCGUUCGCAACGUCCCCGUUCAUUCAGUCGGUAGCAGGCCUUGGGCUUGUUAUACCCUUGCUAUGAUAUGCGAUUCCCUGUCGAGAUGUAAAGGAGGCGAUAUACCAGUCUACUGGUUUCGAUGUCUGUGUAUGACGCAUGGACACUGAGUUGUUGUCCGAGCGGCAGGGGAAUGGGGGAAUUUGCAUGACGAAGUGGAUGGGCUACGGAUGAUGGGAGUCGAGAAUUGGAUCCGCCAUACCCUAACGACCAAGACAUUGGGGGGACGUUAUAAUACGGAGUUGGAUCUGGGAACGAUCCAGAAACGCGUCGCGCGUCGGUGUUUGGGCUUGGUUGGGCACUUCGACAAGUGGUUUGCUGGUUGUUGUUUCUAAACGUGUUUUAUUUGUUGAAUGUCUCUGAUUUGGGGCUACAUUUUUUUGGAGGAGGGGGAAGAAGAAGGAUUUGCUCAGUGAUACCCCUUCUACAAGCGCAUGAUGGGACAAAAAAUGGGCUUUGUGAUGGAGGCUGGGUGCAGAAGUAGAUGGAGACGGAUGAUACAGCAUCGCAUAAUAAGAGGUAAACAAAAUGAUCGAUUUACAGUACAUAUGAAGGUCCGUGGAGGAAUGGCCUCAUUGUUGAAUUGUGGCGUUU